AUGUCUCAGCCAGAGCCGUCCACACAGCUGGACCAGGAGCAGCAAGCCAGCAAUGUAUUGAAGGCCAUGAAAAAUGCGUCCGAGACGGUCAGAGGAGCCAUCGCAUCUGCAAUUCCAGUUGCUAGUAAUCAAGUCCUGACCGUCUCGCUGCCUGGUUCCUGUCCGACAGACAAGCGCUUACCAAACCUCAAACAGGUCGGCAAGACAGGCAAGUCUGUUGCUCGAAGCUAUCUAGCGGCACUUGAUUUGCUCGUUCCUGUAGAAGCAUCUGUCGCCGGUGUUGUCUCCAAUGAAACCACUGAUGUUACUGAUCCGCGUCUCAAGACAAUCCAAGAGCGCUACAAGUAUUCCAUGCGCUAUCUCACUGGUCCAGACGACACGCCCAGCGGAAAUGGCCGCACAAAAGUCGAAACUUAUGUCAUGAAGCAGGCGGCUUGGGCUAAGGAGGCGGCAGCGUAUCAGCAUGCCCAGGCCCAGGCACUGGAGAGGCUCUCUCCUCCACCUGGAGCGACAACAGCCCAGAUCAAGGCCGCUCAGGACAAUUCAUGGUUACAAGUUUAUGGAUCUCAUUCUCGCGCUACGGAGGUGUGUGUUGACUUUCAUUUCGGUGUCGUCGAUAUUUCUUCUGGCAUGAAGCGUAUCGAAAACAGUAAGGAGGCCUUCCGUAAUCUGACUGUCAUUGCCUCGGAUGGGUCCAGCGAGUAUAACGGCGUUGUCCUCACACCCUCGAGCUGGGCAACUAUGGUGGCCAAAAAGACGCUCAACUGGACGAAGAAUCACUCUAAACCAAACCCAUCUGAGAUUCGCGCCGAGAUCCGUCGUCUGAAGAGUCUUCUCAUCUCUCAUGAGACUCUGAAAUUGGCUAUCACCGAGGACACGUUCUUCCCAGUGCUGUCCAGUAACACCGGAGACGACCAGACAAAUGUCAAAGCCGCCUAUGCCCAAGUUUAUAGCGACAUGGAUACGAAGAACGCGGCUAGCCGGGGCCAAGACGAGCGUGGGAGCGUCAAAACCGACUGGCUCAAGAAUAGAUUUGGUGUUACCGUUCCCGCCGAAAAUGUCCUGGAGAACCUGAUCAAGCAGCAAAAGACUCAGGCCACGUCCAGCCUGGACCGUAAUAACAGAUCAGUGCGCGAGAAUACCGAAGCGAGUAAGAAAACUGCUGGUAUCUGGAUUGAUAAGCGGCUUGAACAAAUCAAUCAGGAUAUAGAAGAGCUCAACAAACAGCUGGCGAGCUCAGAGGCCGCUCCUUCGUCUACUGCACCGCCGAUGUUGCCGGUUGUGAACUCUGAAGGCAUAAUCGUCACUGGGGACGAGCUUCUGGCCAAUCCAAGCCUCAAGAAUCCAAGCGCUACUAGCGUCAUCGAUCUCGAUAAUGAAGAAAGCUGGCGCAAUAUAGCUGAUGGCGGCGCCGAUUCGUGGACAAAGCUAACCUAUAACAAGAUCUCGUGCAAAGUCAAAAGUAAUAGUAGUUCCGCCGAGACGUCAGCGUCGCAAAGUGCCUCCACCGUCUGCGCCAGGGCGGGCUGGGGAUGGUGGAGGACACGUACGUCUACCACCCACACUCAGAGCAGCAGCGAGGCAAUGCAAUCCAUGUCCAACCUCGAGGUUGAGGUUAACAUGAACUGCAUGGUUGUCGAGAUUGAAAGACCUUGGCUCCACUCUGAACUAUUUGUGGACGCUGAGCUCGACUCCGGAGCGUUCUUGAUAUCCCCUGGCGAGGAUGCCCUCAGAGACGCAUUUGACAAUGGGAAAAACCUCAUAGGAGAAUACCAGCAAUUCUCCUCCUACCCUACUGCCUUUGUAGUUGCUGCCGACAUUGAACUCAGCUUUUCGGGAGAUACUAGUAAGCUCGAAAGUGCUGUCUCCGCCUCUUCCACCUCGCCAAACCUCUCUGUCGGGUGGGGUCCCUUCGCGAUCUCCGGAUCUCAUAGUUCGUCCAAGUCCAAGUCCCGAACCAAGAUGGAGUCUACUGCCACUGGCUGCAGGAUCUCCGUUGAAGCACCUCAGAUUGUGGGAUGGGUGCAGACACUUCUUCCUAAGCUUCCAAAGCCUAAGGAUGGUGAUUCCGCCAUGACCAGUCCUUUUAGCAGCUAA